AUGAUAAUAGCACGGUUCAAGAACAGAUUUGUGUUGUGAAUUGUGAUAUGCUGGUCUGGUUCUGAUUAGUAACCGGUGAAUGAGUAGGAAGGAGGAUGCUUGGCUUGUGCCCUCUACCGUAUUCUUGUUUUCAAUCGUCACUCUCUUCCCCAUUCUUCUCCACAAAUCCGACGGCACUUAAACUAUUCCCCUCUACUAAAUCACUUUCAACACUCUUCACUCUUCAUUCUUCCCAAACCCCAAACCCAACCCAAAUAACCAGCGGUAAUUAUGGGGGUAUGAGACUAGAAGACAAAGUAGAUGCCAAGUCCACAAAGUUGAGACUCGAUUCUUGGAUUUCUUCUAGGAUUUCGGGCAUCAGUAGAGCUCGUAUUCAAUCCAGCAUUAAAUCUGGCCUUGUUUCUGUCAAUGGCAGGGUAGUUGAUAAGGUUUCACACAAUGUCAAGUUUGGGGAUAAGGUUAGUUGCACAAUUUCAGAGUUGCAACCUUUGAGGGCUGAACCUGAGGACAUAGCUUUGAAUAUUGUCUAUGAAGAUGAUCACUUAUUGGUUGUUAAUAAGCCCGCACAUAUGGUUGUUCAUCCUGCGCCUGGUAAUCCAACUGGUACACUUGUAAAUGGUAUACUUCAUCAUUGCUGUCUUCCAACAGUUGCAGUUUCAAGCCAGGAAGUUGUUUCAGAUGUGGACAAUAUAUCCGAUGAUGAUGAUGAUAAUGAAGUGUCAUACUCUGGCUCUGAUUCAUCUGUUCGUCCGGGAAUAGUUCACAGGUUGGACAAAGGCACUAGUGGAUUGCUUGUUGUUGCAAAGGACGAACAUGCUCAUGCUCAUUUGUCUGAACAAUUUAAGCAACACACUAUACAGAGAGUAUACAUUAGUCUUACUUGUGGAGUGCCCUCUGCAUUGACUGGACGAAUCGAUAUCCCUAUUGGUCGUGAUGUGAAUAACAGAAUUCGUAUGGCUGCUAUUCCUGGACCAGCUAAGCAAGGACGGGCACGUCAUGCUGCUAGUAGGUAUAAAGUAAUUGAAAUACUUGCUGUUGGUGGUUCAGCAUUGGUAGAGUGGAGGUUGGAAACUGGUCGUACUCAUCAGAUUCGUGCACAUGCCAAGUAUAUUGGAAUUCCUCUACUAGGUGAUGAGGUUUAUGGAGGCAGCAGAAGCAUGGCUUUAUCAGUGCUUCGCCCCAGAAUUCCUCUCAGCUGUCAUAGUGAACUUCCCUUGUUGCUUUCAGGAUUAGAAAGGCCUUGUCUGCAUGCUUUGGCUCUUGGGUUUACGCAUCCACGAACCAAGGAAGAAAUACACUUUUCUUGUCCACCUCCUCCAGAUUUUAGCGGGACCUUGAGCCAGCUUCGAGAGAUGGGAAUGGAGAAGGUUUAGUCAGUUAAUUGUAUAAUUGUUCGAUUUCCUGGAAUUUGCUUCGCCAUCUAGACAUGUGUUCUAAGCAGGAAAGGUUAUAUAGGAAAUCUGGAGACUUUCUGUAAAUCUUUUCAGACAAAUUGGUCGUCUUACACCUUCCAUAUUAUUAACCUAGAUUCGUUUGAGUCUGUAUCUUACCAAUUCUUUGUUUAUGCUAAUUAUGAUUACUGAA